AUGCUGGCAGCACAGAAAUCAGCGGGUGCAGUGGUGGCGGCAACGAAAGUGAUACAAACGAUUCUGGCACGCACGCAGGAGUUCCUCUACUGGACGGUGCGAGGGGUCAAGGACGUUGGUGUGGCGACAGACCAUUUGGACUGCCCCGACGGCAAAAACCUGGUAGCACCGCAGAGGCCUUUCGCGGUCACCUUCUCUGUCCAAAGCAUGGCGUCGGUGGCGGUCACAGGAGGCAGAGUGCUCGGCGCGAUGGGCGAGCCGAGAGUCAAGCUGUGCCAAACUAAUGAGGACUUCAGGCCAGCAACACCUAAGGUGAUAAGGAGGGUGUUGGCGGGGCCGGUAACGGAGUCGAGGCGGAGGCAUGAGUGGGAAGAAGAGUGGGGAAACAAGAUCGAUUGGAAGGUGGUGAGGGAGAGAAGAGACUCACAGGCAAUCCCGUACAAAGCACGGGAUGUGGUUUUGAAGAUGCACAACAAGAUUCUACAGGUGGGGGAGAGGCUGGUGUUUCUUGGUGCCAGGGGUUGCUGCCCGCACUGUGGAGAGCGAGAAACCCUAGUUCACAGCAUGCUCACUUGCCCGGUCAUCCAGCCAGUGAUUGGCGCGCUGCUGAGGUCGCUGAGAAUCAUGAAUCUGGCGGAUCAGACGAGUUCGCUAGCCUUCGAUACUGAGGGCCGCCCAGUGAAGUUCGACACCUGGCUUGAUGACCUACACCUCUUCCUACAGCUCACUGCCAAGGAAGACAUCUCGCUGUACGAUCAUGCCUUAGGCCACGCUACUGCUCCUGCUGCUACUGCUGACAGCACUGCCCGCUCACAGUGGCAGACUCGUGACGUCCAUACUCGCUUCGCUAUUCGCAACUCUCUGCCGAUAGAUGAGCGCGAGCACUUUGGGCAGCACAAGACUGCACAGGCACUGUACACUACUGUCGUUGCCCGCUACUCCUCGCCGGCCUCUGCCGCUCUAGGCCGUCUCUCUCUUCCCUACCUGUUCCCCGACCUAGCUUCCUUCCACACUGUCGCUGAUCUCAUUACCCACCUCCGCACUAGUGAGGCUCGCUUCCGCGCCGCUAUGCCUGAUGAGUUCCUUGCCAAGAACCCACCCCCGCUCUGGCUCACUCUCUACCACCUAGUCACGCGCCUCCGUGACACUCUACGCUCAGGGUGUUCUCCCUCCCCCCUUCUUCCCUCUGUCGCCUCUGCUGCUGCUGUCGACCUCCUUGGUGCUGAGAAGGUCGGGACUGCGUCUGCUUUGAGUGGGCGCCGCAGCGGCAAGGGCAAGGGGGGCAAGGGCGGUGGUGGUGAUAGCGGGGGUGGCGGUGGUGGGGGAGGUGGUGGUGGCGGGGGGGGUGGCGCGGGUGGGGGAGGUGGCAGCAGUGGGGGGGGUGGCGGCAGCGGCGGGGGAGGUGGCCGGGGCGGAGGAGGUGGUGGGGGUGGCGGUGGACGAGGCAGCGGCCGGGGUUGGGGUGGUCGAGGAGGUGGUAGCGGCGGUGGUGGUCGUGGAGGCGCUGGCGGUGGCCAGGGCCAGCAGCACACUCCGUCGCCCCAGGAGCGUUGCUUCGCUCGUCUGAACGACGCUUGGCGUGUUCAGUUCCCUCAGGCCACUGAGCUGCCCCGCUGGGUUGAUCUCCUGAAGAAGGAGAUUGAUAUUUAUGCUCUAGACUUUGAUGCUAUUCUCACUGCCAUGUAUGUGAUGUUUACUAGUGGAGAGGGUGCUGAGUACCUGAGUGUCCCGCCCGACCCGGGCAUUAGGACUAGUGCGUCUGCCGCUCCAGGUACUCGCGUGUCCGCUACCCCAGGUGCUGGUGAGGCUGCUGCUCUAGGUGCGUGUACGUCUGCCCCCCCUAGUACUGUGUCGACUGCAGCACUGCACACCUUCACACUGGAUUCAAGUGCCUCUCGCUGUUUCUUUCGUGACCGCACUGCCCUUGAGCCCCUUGCUCGGCCAGUUGCUGUCUCCCUCGCUGACCCCUCUGGGGGUCCGGUCCUUGCGACCUCCUCCACUGUCCUUCCCUGUCCUGCGGUCCCGUCGGGCACACUGUCAGGUCUCCACCUCCCCUCGCUCUCUACGAACUUGGUGGCAGGUUGUGCACUACAGGACGCGGGUGUUCACCAGUUCACCCCUGCCUACGAGCGUGUCACACACUGCACGUGUGCCCGUACAGGCCGCCACUUGGCUACCUUCACCCGGCAGCCGGGGUCGGAUCUGUACACACUGACUACUGCCCCCCCUCAGGUCGCUGCGUCUGCGUCUGCGUCCGCGUCAGGUCAGCUGUCCGCCCCCUGCUCGUGUCGCUCUCUAACGCACGAGACUGUCCUCUGGCACCACCGACUGGGCCACCCGUCUGUGCAGCGCCUUCGUGCCAUGCACUCCCGGUACCUUGUCUCUGGUCUUCCCAGGGUCCUCCCUCCCCUCCCACCCUCGCCUGCUCCUCCCUGUCUUCCCUGUGUCGAGGGGCGGCAGCGCGCCGCUCCUCACUCCUCCUCGUUUCCCCCCCCGACGACUGCUCCUUUGCAGACGCUCCACAUGGACGUGUGGGGCCCAGCCCGCGUCCGUGGUCAGGGUCAGGAGAGGUACAUCCUGAUCGUUGUUGACGACUACUCGCGCUACACCACGGUCUUCCCCUUGCGAGCCAAGGUCGUUCACUUCACGCUUGCGGCCUCUCCACAGCAGAAUGGUAUUGCGGAGCGCCGCAUUGGCCUGGUCAUGGAGGUCGCUCGUACCUCCUUGAUCCAUGCGGCUGCCCCCCACUUUCUGUGGCCGUUUGCGGUCCGGUACGCUGCGCAUCAGCUCAACCUCUGGCCCCGUGUCUCCUUGCCGGAGACCUCGCCCACACUGCUGUGGACGGGGGAGGUUGGCGAUGCGUCACGUUUCCGGGUCUGGGGAUCUCGAGCUUUUGUCCGCGAUUCGUCUGCGGACAAGCUCUCCUCUCGUGCUGUUCCCUGCGUCUUCCUCGGCUUUGUUCCGGACGCGCCUGGUUGGCAGUUUUACCACGCCACCUCGCGCCGGGUCUUGCCCUCUCAGGACGUCACUUUUGACGAGUCUGUCCCCUACUACCGCCUCUUUCCCUACCGCACUUCCCCGCUCCCACCCCCGCCUCUCUUCCUCGCGCCAGGUGCUGCUGUCGUAGACCCCCUCCCCCCUCAGGGUGCCGCUCCCUCAGGUGUGUCUCAGGUAGACCCGGUCGAGCCUGUUGAGGUUGCUGUCGAAUCUCGUCCUGCUGGGGGUGCUGAGCCUGGGGGUGCGGAGACUGGGGGUGCUGAGCCUGGGGUGCUGACUCUGGGGGUGCUGAGCCUGGGGGUGCGGACUCUGGGGGUGCUGAGCCUGGGGGUGCGAACAAUGGGGGUACUGAGCCUAGGGGUGCUGAGCCUGGGGGUGCUGAGCCUGGGGGUGCGGACACUGGGGUACUGA